AGACCUCGGCCGGUUCACCCACCACUUUGUACUUUCCAGACUUCAACAUAACUUGCUGCUGUAACAUCAACUUCUGCUUCACUGUUGCCAUUCUGAUCUUCUAGAUUCCAAUAAAUUGAUCGUCUCGAUUGCUAUUACUUGAAUACAAGCUUUUGACAUCCAAUAACAGCUUUCAUCACAUUCAACCCAUCAAGCAAGCGCGCCUCGCGUUCCCACAUCUUGAUCUUCAAACAUUACAUUUGAACUUGCCAUCAAGAAUAGCAAUGGCUACCCAUUCUCGACGUGCCUAUAGGGCAACAGCCUUUGACGAACGCCAUCCCUUCUCUCCUGCAACGUCUGCAGCUAGCCGCGAGACGCUUACCGAGAGUGAGAUCGACUUCACCGGGUCGCUGACUGAGAGCAUCAACCACGCCAUCGAGACUGGCGAUUGGACUGGCGUCGCCGCCUCGGCCGAAUACACAACGCCUUCACGCGCACGCGCGAUCUCAGAUCCUACAGUUGGUUCGGAGCACCUUCAGCCCAUGAGAAACUUGGCCGGUGCUGCUUUCGCCAGACAUUUUCGCGACUCGUCACAACUACCAACACCAGCUUCAUCACGAAGCGACUCUUCGGAGUUUCAGUUCCCAACACGUGACUAUUAUCAACCAUCUGGAGCAACCAACAACGCUCGCGAGCCUUCUGUAUCAUCCAAGCAGUCAUCGAAGCCCGCAUCUGUUAACACAAAUUCGACUACCGGCUCCAGGCCAAAGCGAGUAGUCAACAUCACCACCGCGAGUCUCUCUAGCUCACGCCCAGUAUCACGGGAUGCCCAGAGCACUUCAUCACGUGACGUCGCCUCAAGGUCUUUUUCCCGCGAUGCUCACAGCUCUACUGUUCACGACGCCAGCUCGAGGCCUGUUUCCCGCGAUGUUCACCCCUCCACAGCUCGCGAAAUCAUUUCAAGGAGGCCUGCUUGCCACGAUGCGCCCAGCUCCACGGCUCGCGACGCCUCAUCAAGGCCCGCUUCGCGCGAUUCCACAAACUAUUCACACAAUGUCACCGCAAGACCCAGUUCACGAGAUAUUAUCAACUCCUCUUUGCGCGAUGCCACAUAUAGGCCGCCUUCGAGAGACACUACUAGCUCUUCAUCAUCACGUAAUACCACCUCGAGGCCGAAUUCGCGAGACGCACCUAGCUCCACAUCGCAGGAUGCCGCAUCAAGGCCGAUUUCACGAGACCAUUCGGAUCCUACAUCUCGAAGCACUUCGGGAUCACUAUCUACACCUCCUAGUUCUCUUGGGUUCGGCGUCAUUGGAGCCGAGAACACAGCCCAUAACAAUCAUAUCCAAAACCUUAUGCUAGGUGGACUCCAACUUAACGACCACAAACCAAAAGAUAUUCGCUCGAUACGAAAUACACCCCUAUAUCAAGAUAGGAAGCUGCCCAAGGAGGAGAGGCAGAUCAUGGAUCUGUUGGAGCAGCUACGCAACGAAGUUCACAUGCUCAAAGACCACAACAACAUGCUCCGCGAACAGAAUAGCCUGCUUGAACAGGGAAAUAUGCGGCUGCAGGCAACAAACGAUACUAAGGAUAAUCAGGUUGCCGAUCUCAAAAAACAGAAUCUCGCGCUCGGCGAGCGCAACAGCUUGUUGCAGAAAGAAAAUAUGGAGCUACAGGCACACGCAGACAGAGCUAAUGACCACGUGGCCGAGCUAAACGCCGAGAACAAGAAGCUCGUCACUGAUUGUAACAACGCCAACGACCGCGCUGAUACCCUAGCCAACCAGGUCAAGAGACUUCAAGUUGCUCUUGGUGAGACGACCACGCAGCUACAGUCAAUGUACGAAUCGCAGCAGCAAGAUGCAGGACUCAGAGUUGAGGUCGAGCAACUGCGCAAGCAGGUUACCAUGGAGAAAGAAGUUCGCAUUUUUACCGAAAAGAGUCAGAAGCAGGAUGCAGGGCUCAAGGUGGAGGUGGAGCAACUGCGCAAACAGCUGGCGGAAGAGAAAGAAGCUCGAGUGGCGACCGAGAAGGAUCACGAGUUUAUUAUUCAAGAUUACGAGCGUGUUCAGAAGGAUCACAGGGAGGUGUUCACCCUAUUUAGGGGCUUUAAGGAAGAUCACGCCCACCUGGAGAAGGAAAACGAGAAGCUGCGACGCGAGAACAAGGAUCUCCAGGAAGAAGUACUCAAGCUGAAGAAUCAGUCGCGACAAGAGGAGAAGAAACGGGCCAGGAAGACUCAGGUCACCUACACCCGGUGGUACGAUGAUAAGACGGGAACGACCGGUACGAUCGCAUAAACACGGAGUUUGGGAAUUAGCAUGGCGUGGCAUGUAUAGCAUUAUUAAUUUUUGUCUUUGGCUUGUUUCUUUGUUUGUUUUCUUGGGAGCAUUGCUCGGCGCAUUUGGGUUACAAGGGAAAGGCGUUUUGCUUGGGUCAAAAAAUUUCCUGAUGGCGGUUUGUUUGUGAUAAAAAAAAGCUGCUUGUGUUUGGUUGUUUUGGGUGUUUUUGAUUGGUUUUACCUUCUCAUUCGUGUUCAUACUUUCUGUUUUUGAUUGGUUUUUUUUUUUUUUUGUUCUGUUUUUUUGUUUUCUACAAAAGAAGUUUCCUCUUGUUUGUCUUUUUUUCGUUGGGAAUUGGGUUUUACACCAAGGGUUCUAUACCAAAGGAGUUGGGUUGAUACCAAAAAGUGGUAACAUUGAUAUAAAAAUGCCA